AACGACUGCAAAGUGUUACGGAAUGUGACGCUUUCAGUGAAGGUUCAUUGUAUCUGGAAACAAUUGACCACCGAUAGUCCGGGGUAUCCGCGUUCUCGGACAUCGAUCAAUCAUGGGCUCCAUGGUAUGGAAUCGCAUGGUUUUGCGACUCCCGCCAAUUCUUCGUCCUCGCUGGACGUGGAGGUAUCUUUUGUCCUUCAGCAUUGCCACUUAUGCUGUCUAUAAUUUACUAUUCGCGCGACCCUUGCUUUCGUCCAAUCUACCCGCAUACACUGGGCCAUAUCAAGUUGGAACCAUCGAUCUCGAAGCACCUUGCGACCCGAGGAGGAUCAACGAUGCCACGCUCAAGGAAGGACACCAUCCUGCUUUCCAGGUUGAAACUGUGCUUUUCACCCUCUACUACCCGUCGGUAGAAGGUGCGAGAUCGUCGAAGCCGCACCAUCUCUGGAUUCCCCGGCCACUGGGCAUCGUCGGAGCUGGAUAUGCUCGCUUUGCUAGGAUCAGUAACUUCGUCACCAACUCGAUCAUGACGUUUGGUCUAUGGGCCUUGGCCGGCAGUGUCAAGAUCCCAGCACACGUCGAUGUCCCGCUCCACCAUGGCCCUGCCGUCCUUCAGACUCCGGCGGGCACUUCUUCAGUCGAAGUCGAUGACGGGUUUCCUGUGCUGGUGUUCUCUCAUGGCAUGGCUAGCUCGCGGACCCAGUAUACGCAAUACUGUGGAGAGCUUGCCAGUCGAGGACAUGUCGUGGCCGCGAUCGAACAUCGAGACGGCAGUGGACCAGGAACGGUGAUCAUGAAUCCGGCAGGUCGUCACAGAACCUUGCUUCACUUCAGCCACCGCGACCUGCACCAUGACGCCGGGCUCGACGCCGAUACUUUCAAGCAAGCGCAGCUUGAUUUCCGUCAAGCCGAGGUCGAGGAGACCGUGCGAGUGCUGAAGCACAUCAACGCCGGCCAUGGAGAUCAAGUCUUUGGCCAAAACUCUCGCGGUGAGGGCCAGCACCUCAAGCACUGGCGAGAUCGCCUGGCGAUCAAUAAUGCCACAAUUGGUGGUCAUUCUUUCGGAGCCACAUUGGCGUUGCAAACCUUGAAAGACGGACCCUCGAAACAUCUUCCGUUUCAGAGCGCCGUCGUCCUUGAUCCUGGCAAACAAAGCGGACCUUUGAAUCACGACGUCAAUGUCUCAACACUGGUCAUCCACUCCAACUCGUGGUCUAGCAGGCAUUCGAUAUUCUACGGCCGAGCACACUUUGACGUAGUCAAGGAUGUGGUUCUAGGUGUUUUGGAAAGGGGCAAAGCGGCAUGGUUUAUGACUUCACGUGCGUGGACGAGAUUUUACAUCCGACUCCUCCCUCUACCCCGUGCCACCACCACUCGUAAAUACUAUGCUAACUUUUUGCACAGUCGGCACAAGCCACCCUUCGGUCACGGACGCUCCUUUGAUCGAGCCUCUCCUUCUCAACUGGGCGACGGGGUCGAGCAUCGAUGCCCACGAGGGUGUACGACAGUAUGUCAAAGUCUCGGAAAUGUUUCUGCAGUAUCAAAUGUCUGGGGUGAAAAAGGGCAUCUUGUCUGAAUGUGUCACCCACCCCGAGUACAACUUGCCAGAGGGAGGAAGGUCUGAAAAGGGAAAGCCUUCGAAUGACAUGUGGAAGUAUUGGCAAAUACAUGCUGCUCCUUGCGGCCCCGAAGACAGCGAGGAAGGUUUGUAUCCGGAGACUAAUCCGCUACUGGAUGGUUAGGCCAGGCAUUGCCUUGCUAAAUAGAAAAAUGACAUUCGG